ACCCGGUUGAGUUAGUAUUAGGUACAAGCGUUCACGGAGAUGCAUAUGUUCUCCAAAUAAGAGAGGCUCAAUCUGUUCUGCUGCUACUAGGCGGACGGCGCGGCUGAAAGACGGCGAUAAGAGCAGCAGCAGGAAAUUUGUAUGCAACCGACGCAGCCCUUCGCAGUGGGUGGAUCUUUAUCUCUACAAUUCUCGCUGCUCUCUCACACAGCAAAGUACGUGCUCUGCGGCCGGCGGCGACAUGCAGUUUGCAUCAGUCGCGACAAGAAGCAUGUGGCACCUGCUUGUGACGGUGGCCGCUUUGGCCGUCGGGGCCGCCGUCCCGGCUGGAGCGGCCAGCAGCAUGACCAACGCGCGAAAGCCCAGCUUGGUCGACGAAACGCUCUGCCCCAAGGUCAAGCCAAUGCGGCACUUUGACCUCUCGCAAAUUGAGGGCUCGUGGGUUUUCCAACAAUACUUCGCGAGCUCUGAGGAAGCUCUGGCGUACCGGUGCAUGCGCGGCGAAAUGAACGUCGAUUCGACCGCGGCAGGAAUACUUAUCACCAUGACCUUCCGCUACGGUUACAUCGACGACCCUGACGACGACGUAAUCACAGGCAACAUGACGUGGGUCAUUCCCGACCUAAACCAUCCUGCCCACUGGGAACACGCGGAACAGCCAUAUGAGGGUGUGUACAACACCUACGUGCUGGACACGGACUACAAGGAGUGGUUGCUGCUGCUGCACUGCGCCGAGAAGAAGCAGACACCGCGUUACCUCUCCUCCAUCAUCAUGUCCAGGAGUCCGGAGCCGCUGGGACCGGCGGUGCUGUCCUACCUCAGGGACAAGCUGGUCAGAUACGACGUACCCUUAGAGUUUGUGUUUCCUGUAGAGCAGGAGGACUGCAGCCCCAAAGAGGCGACGGCCGGUGGAGGCCUAGUGUUUGGGCACAAUUUGUACAGAAUAACGGGAAGGAAGCGGUUUUAAAGAAACGCUUGGCCUGCGCAAACGUCGAAAUGCAUGCCAUAAAUUGACCGGACAGUCUCAUUUUUCGGCUUGCGCGGGCCAUUUUUAGUGAGCAUCUUUUUUUAAGUUACUUGUGUACAGUUUCAUGAUGUUUUAUUUGAAAUAUAUCGCAUCAUCAUCUCACACAA